AUGGAAACUGGCGACCGCAUGUUAUGCCAUGCCUGUGGCGGGGUUUGGAUCAAAGGCGAUGAUUUGACGUGCCCGCAUUGUGAAUCCGACUUCACAGAAAUAGUUGAGAUUCCCCCAGAACUGCCUUCUGAAGGUUCCCCCUCACACCGUGCCGACUCCCCGCCGCCGCGCGCCAACCCGUGGAUGGACCACAAUCCAUGGGAACGAGACACACAAGAACGGCAAAUCCCUGGGUUUCUCGGAAGUGAAACUCCUCCAUAUUCCUCGUUGCGUACCUAUAGAUCGCCCGACGGCCGUUUCUCGUUCAGCAGCGCAACACUUGAGACUGGAAUGCCUGCUGGUCAGCGCAACAAUGGCCCGAACCCUAUGGUUCCAAUGAUGAUGCAAAGCUUCGACACAAUUUUACAGAAUUUAAUGGAACCAAACCCUCGCGGGUACAGGGGAUUCGGAGAGGACCCCUUCCAUCCUCAGUCAUCUACAUCUCCCGACUGGCUCGAGGACGACCACCUCACAGGUCAUCACCCAGGCCUAUUUCCCCGCAAUGCAGAUGCGGCGCAACAUAGUAACCGCAAUCCGAUGGACAUAAAUGAGAUCAUGGAUGCCAUUCGCGCUGACAUUGGGGUACAAACUACGCGACGUUCCCGUGGAGCUCGUGGCCUGGGCAACCCACAUGCUCUUUCGAUAUUGUCCGCCAUUCUCAACAUGAGUCGAAGCGGGGAUGCAGUAUAUUCGCAGGAGGAGCUCGACCGAGUCAUAUCACAACUGAUUGAGACUAAUGGAGGGACCAGUACUGCGGCACCCCCAGCAUCAGAUGCUGCCGUUCAAGCUUUGCCAAAGAAGAAGGUUAAUGAAGAGAUGAUGGGAUCUGAAGGGAAAGCAGUGUGUUCAAUAUGCAUGGAUAACGUUGAACUCGGCUUGGAGGUCACUGUGUUACCAUGCACGCACUGGUUUCAUUUCAACUGCAUCCAUGCGUGGCUGACCCAACAUGACACUUGUCCACAUUGCCGGCGUAGCAUCAAUACAAACAUACCAGGCAGGGAAGGCACCUGCGAGAAUCCGGUAGUGAUCCAGGAUAGUCCUGACCAACCGAGAUCCCCGCGGCGUCACAGUUCUGCUCGCACUACGCGCAGCGGUCAAUCCUCGUUAUCUUCAUUGCAGACUCGACUUUCCCCGCGGAUUUCACCACGCCAGUCCCCUACGCCGGAGGGGGGCAAUCUAGCAACCGACGGUCCAGCCGAGGUGAGGGUGGCAGUGGAGGGGGAUUCACUAAUUGGUUUACGAACCGAUUUGGAAGCAGCGCAUGAGGAUAAUUAA